CCGAGCCUGGGUGAUACCACGCGCACGCUUUUUCGCGCAUUCCGGUUAGAGCUCCCUUGCCGCUGACGCGAAGCGGGUCAAAGUGUGUCUUUUUAGGCUGUCCCACCCUGAAGAGAUAGCCAGUGGGUGUCUCGUUUCCCUAUAUAAACAUUUUUUUUUUGUCAGGCUGUAACUACUGAACAAUUUGUUCGCACCGAAGUUGGAGCUGCAGAACACCAUUGUACAUGGAUAUGGAGCUCGUCAUGGCAAUAGCGGGCAACAUGUGCGCAUGGCAGAUGUGACUGCGGAGUUGUGACAGUGGUUUUGGGUUCACUCCGUUCGGAUACGCCAAGGAUCAGAGAAGAACGUUGAGAGAGAGCCAUGAGUAGAGUGGAGGAGGGGCUGGACCACAUGAUACCAUGACGACAAGUCUGCAGGUCCUGUGCUGCCGACUGCUGAGUGUGCUGGUGAUCCUGGUGCUGCCGGCAGGACGGGUGUCUCAGGAGCUGCGCCCCAGCGGGCCGCCGCCGGUCCCGCCGAACCCCGCCAUGGCCCUCUCCCCGGACGCCAGCCUGCCCGCCUCGCACGCGCGCGCCGACCCCCACAGUGGACCCCUCGUCCCACAGUCUGGCAGUCACCCUCCUCCUGUAAGGGCAGGCCACUCCCCCCUCCUCCAGAAUUCGGGAGGUGGUGCCCCGGGGUCCCAGCCCGGUACAGUACAGUUGUUGUCAAAAGAGGAAGACUUCACGGACUCUGGAAGGUCUUACUACGCCUCUGAACUGCGGCCUUCCCCCUCCUCACCCUCUCUCGCCUCUGCCACAUCAAGCUCCUCCUCCUCAGUGUUGAAACAGGAAGCAGAGCUCCGAGGCUCCGCCUCCCCCACGCUGGAGUUCGUCCGGCCCCACCCCAUCACCCUUCGCGAGGCGGGUGCUUUCCCGUCUGACGGCGGGACCGCCACGCCCCUUUCCUCCAUCUCCACCUCAACCUUCCGCUUGCUCGACGUCGCCGCGACAGGAAGUGACAUCACAGCCCGUGACACCACGGACGUUUCCCCUGACGGCUCCAGCCUCGCGCCCGUCCCGAGCCCCGGCAGCACCGUGUCCCGCUCCAGGGGGGAGGAGCCACCGGGGGGCGUGGCCUCUGUUACCACGGAGCCACCCGCCAGUCCCACGGACAGCCUCCAAAACAGACUCUUCCCCGCAGCCAAUCAGACGGACUGGGCCCCGGCGGUCUGCCUGAGCAGGGUGGACAUCGUGUGGAUGGUGCUGGUCAUCACUGUGCCUGUCGCCACCUGCUCCGUCCUCCUCACGGUGUGCUGCAUGAGGAAGAGGAAGAGGAAGAAGGCCUCGGGCCAGGAGAGCAGCCUGAGCUACUGGAACGACGCCAUCACCAUGGACUACUUCAGCCGCCACGCGGUGGAGCUGCCCCGUGAGAUCCAGCCCCUGGAGACGGCCGAGGAGCAUGAGACCUUUCUGUCCCCCAAUGGAGACUACGUGGACAAUGGCAUGGUGCUGGUCAAUCCCUUCUGCCAAGAGACUCUGUUUAUCAGCCGAGAGAAGGCCUACAAGAGCUAGAAGGGUUCCUAUUGUGACAUCAUCGACAGAAGAAUGGAAGCCCCACCCCCCUCUCCCCCCAUCAUGGCUUUGCCAUUCAGUGCAGGUCAAUGACCUUUUGCAUAUGUGGUGACCUUUAAAGGGAUAGUUCAUGUUCUAGAGUUUUUUUUCUUUUCUUUUCUUUGAUGUUGUCUCAGUUUCAUUGUAUGUUUCCGACUGCCCCAGACAGCUUUUAUGCAGUGAUGAAUAUUUGAAAUGCUUAUAGAAGUUUCUUAUGGCCACUGGCUUCACAGUGAUAUAGAGGCAACGUUGAUUAUGUGGUUUGGUUCAAAGCAAGAAAAUGCUUUGUGCUUUUCUUCGGAUUGAGUUAGGAUUAGGGUUAGAGUUUAGGGUUAGGGGUUCGUAGGUAACAAAUUUCAGAUAUGUCUUCAUGUUACUUUCAUCAACUACCUUUGGGAAAACCCAAAUUUACUGAAACAUGUGGCCAGUUGUCCUCAAACAGGAUGCUGCAAAAACUGUCUGGGCCAAUCAGAAACGUACACUCAAACUGAAAUAAUAUGCCGAAUCUCCAGAAGGCAAAUGAUGCCUUUAAACUUUUUUUUUGGCUUAAUGUAUAGUACAAAUCCUGAUAUAAAUAAAUGAAAAGAGAAGUUAUUCAGUAUGAGUAUGUGGCUGCAUAUUUUUAUGAUGUACAUUAUGAUGUAUAUUUUCUAUAACGGCUUAAUUGUGAUAAGGGUUUUUAAUGUGUUUUUUUAAAAGCUUUGUUUGGUUUUGGUUUUUGGUAGGCAAGAUGAGCGAGCGCUUGUGUGGUGGCUUUAUUUUGUGCUGAUGAGAGGAAAAUACAAAAGAUGCCCAAAUAAUUUUUUUUAAUUUAGUGACUUAAAGCUGAAGCCUGUCGAACUUGAAUCGUAAUUAAAUUCUGGAUUCCUGAUUAAAUUAAUUUCUUGACGGGGAAGUGGAGUAAGCAGAUCGGUAAUGUGUUACCAUGAGCAGUUUAUGGGAAUGAGCAUUGAUCCCACAUUUUACAUGCACUGCAGAAGGAGAGAAACAAGCACAUUUAAAUAUUUAAUUAAAACAUUUAAGCUAAUUGACUUAAAUGCUGGACCAGAGGUGUCCACUGGCCGGAUGGCAUUCCACUUGCAGAUCUCCAGACAGAUGUGGGGGAUUUCCGCACACGAGCCUCUUUUUCUAGACAGCAUCCAAUUGUUUUAUCAAAUUGCACAGGCGUUGUUUCUGCUCUGUUUGCGUACAGCUGUUUCAAAGUAUCGCAAUCGUAAGAGCCAUUGAUUUGGUGGCUCACCACAAUCCAUCAAAGUGGGACUGUUUUCCAUGAUGGAGCGGAACACCACUGCACUAGGCUGUGUUUGACACACAGACCGUAGUUAAUGGUUUGGAGAUACACAAAAUUAAAUGGCCUAAAAUAGGAUUAAGGCAUAUGGAACGAGUCAGAAUUUAAAAAUUAAAAAAAUCCAUGCCGCAUUUUGGCAGCAUUGAAAAAAUCAAUGCUUUUCGUUGUCAUCUUGCCAGGAGAGGUUCAUGUUCAGGUGUUAAAUGUGAACCUCUCCAGCACAGAGGCACAGCUGUGAACAGAACAGAGACCGAAAACCUGUCCGUACCUUUCUCAUUAUUAAACGCGCACCCUUGCAGAUCACGCUUGUCUGUUGCACUGUACAUGGGUGGUGGAAGGUGGACAUUGCUGGCUACAGUGGUGGAGGAGGCUGAAGAAAUAUUUUUAGCAAGCACUGAGACUUCAUAUUACUUUGUAUUUAACCCUUUAAGGUGUAAUAUAAGAUAUAAUAUGUGGUUAGAAUGUUUUUAACCGAACAUUAUAAUGCUGAUGUAACAAUCACUACUGGUAACUGAAAGCAAGAAUGGCUUAGAAUUUUGAAAAAAACAUUACAGAAAACCCUGCUCUUCAAAGGGUUAAUGACUAUUGGCUGCAAACCAAUUGUGACAAUAAAAAGUGUUGACUGUUGAGUUCACCUGUUGACUGUUGAGUUCAGUCAGGCUAAACCUGAUUGAUGCAAACACGGUGAAAAAAAAUUGUUUCGCCCAUUUUCUUCACUUCAUGUGCCAAAAAAUCAUAUUUAAUCUGUGGUAUUUAUUUUCACAUUGGUAAGCAAGACCUGUUCUUCUCUUUGACAUGUGGCCACAAUUCAUGUGGAUCAUGUCCCUCUGUGUGUUAAGGAAAUUAUCGAAAUUAUUAUUACCUAACGAAGUGGGCUGCACAGAGAGGUGUUGGGCUUCAAAAACCACGUUUAUAAAAACCAGUUGCAAAAUGAGGCUGUGACAGAGAUUGAACUUGUAUCCAACCGCAAGCCUUUUUUUUGUAUUGUAGUAAUACACACUGUACUUUUUCACUACCGAGCAAUAAAAAGAGAAAAAAGCUU